GCGUGUAGGCCCCAUGCGUAGUGGAGAAGGGCAGUUUGGCCGAGUGGAAGUGUGGUGCGUGGGCCGCGGAUAGCCUGUGAUUCCACCUCCGUCCACGAAGUGACUCUGACCGUUUGAGACCCCGGAGCUGGCUGAGGGAAGUCCCCGCUGCAUCCCGCCACCCAGGCUGUUGCUUCAUGGAGACUACUUUCAGCAGCCCCGCGGAGGCGGCGCUGCAGCGGGAGGCGGGCGCCCCGGGACUGCUCACUCCCGUCGCCGACCUCGACCGAGUCUACGAGCUGGAGCGAGUCGUGGGAUUUGUCCGCGACCUGGGGUGUCAGCGGGUGGCCUUGCAGUUCCCUGACCACCUCCUGGGAGACGCCGGGGCUGUGGCUGCACGACUGGAGGAGGCCACGGGGUCCAAGAUGUUCAUUCUGGGGGAUACGGCCUAUGGCAGCUGCUGCGUGGACGUGCUGGGUGCCGAGCAAGCUGGGGCUCAGGCCCUUGUACACUUUGGCCCUGCCUGCUUAAGCCCCCCAUCUCGCCCGCUGCCCAUCACCUUCGUCCUUGGUCAGCGUUCCGUGGCCUUGGAGCUCUGUGCCAAGGCUUUUGAAGCCCAGAACCCAGACCCCACAGUGCCCGUGGCACUGCUGAGUGAGCCGGCCUGCGCACACGCCAUGGAGGCCUUGGCCACUCUCCUGCGCCCACGCUACCUGGACCUGCUAGUUUCCAGCCCAGCUCUCCCCCUGCCAGCGGGGUCCCUCAGGCCAGAGCCAGAGCCCCUGGAGCGUUUUGGGCGCCGCUUCCCCCUGGCCCCAGGAAGGUGCCUGGAAGAGUAUGGGGCUUUCUAUGUGGGAGGCUCUGAGGCCAGCUCUGACCCUGACCUUGACCCGGACCUGAGCCGGCUGCUCUUGGGAUGGGCACCAGAGCAGCCCUUCUUCUCCUGCUGCCCAGACACGGGGCGGACUCAGGAUGAGGGUGCCCGGGCUGGGCGUCUGAGGGCACGAAGACGCUAUCUGGUAGAAAGGGCUCGAGAUGCCCGUGUGGUGGGGCUGCUGGUGGGCACGCUGGGUGUGGCCCGGCACUGUGAGGCCCUGGCACACCUGCGGAAACUGACAAAGGCUGCCGGCAAGCGUAGCUAUGUGUUGGCCCUGGGGCGACCCACCCCUGCCAAGCUCGCCAACUUCCCUGAGAUGGACGUCUUUGUGCUGUUGGCCUGUCCCCUGGGUGCCCUGGCUCCCCAGCCUUCUGGUAGCUUCUUCCGGCCCGUCAUGGCACCCUGUGAGCUGGAGGCUGCCUGCAACCCUGCCUGGCCACCUCCAGGCCUGGCUCCCCACCUCACUCAUUACGCGGACUUACUGCCCGGCUCUCCCUUCCAUGUGCCCCUCCCGCCACCUGAGUCUGAGCUGUGGGACACCCCAGAUGUGUCGCUCAUUUCUGGGGAGCUGCGGCCCCCACCUGCCUGGAAGUCACCCGAUGAGCCCGGAUGCUCGGCCCUGAGCCCUCGGCCGCAGCUGGAGCUGGCCGAGAGCAGCCCUGCAGCCUCAUUCCUUAGUUCCCGGAGCUGGCAGGGGCUGGAGCCGCGCCUGGGUGAGACGCCAGUGACUGGAGCUGUGAGCGGAAGACGUGGGAUCGCCAUCGCUUACGAGGAUGAGGGAAGCAGCUGAUAGCACGCGGAGCCCGAGACACACCUGUGGAUCGCCGCGCGGGCCUUCAGCACUCCCCGCAGCAGGUGCCUGUCGUCCUGCCGACUUCCUUGAAGAAGGCUGAAGGGAGGGUGGGCAGAGGCGGCCCCCCGCCGGGGACAGGCUCCGGCCCAGGGCCCAGCAUGCACUGGUUCAGGGAAUGCCUGUCAGACUGAGUGGGGAGAGGGAGGGCGGGCCUUCCUGAGGCCCUAGCCCAUCAGUCCUGGAACAGCUGGGGGCCUGGCUCUUGCAGCCUCAGCAUGUUGACACUUGGGGCCAGGUGAUUCCUUACGGGGUGUCUGUGCUGUGUGCAUGGAUGUUUAGCAGCAGCACGCCCCCAUCCCCCACCCCGCCUGGGACAACCAAGCAUGUCUCCAGAGAAUGGUGACUGUCCCGCGGGGGGCAGCACGGCCCCUGGGUGAGAACUGCAGACCCGCGUGCUCCGCAGAGCAGCCACUCGGCACACAGGGCUGCUCGCGCUUCAGUCAGGUUCCAAGCUCAGUUUCUCGGCCACACUCAGGUGUUGAGUGGCCACGGCAGGGGACAGCGCAGCCAGAGGACACUUCCGCACCACAGAAAGUUUGGCCAGAUGGAGCUGGUCUGUAUCGACUCAGGUUUGCUUCUCAGGGAGACCACAGAAACUCAAAUAAAGCAAAUACUCUGUCUG